AUGGCUGCUCCGGAUGUAGCAACAUUCAUAAACCUUUCGGACUUGCAACGAAGGUACACUGAUUCCUGUAGGAGACUUGGCUCCUUACCUAAUGCCACAAUUUUAUCCAGUUUCUUCAAGGCUGAGAUUAGGAAGUCCUGCAGUGAUCCGUGCAGCCUAGACAUCUUCUUGGAUGAUCUCACAGAUAUGGAUUUCCAACCUCUCCUAGACAUAUCUGUGGCAAUUGACUCAUCUGAGAUUGAAGCCGUUGAUAUUCACAAUGGAUCAUCUUGUGUAUUGAGUGUAGAAUAUUCUUUAGCAUUGAUUCAUGCUUUUAGUCAAAAGCUCCGGACUGUUCAUCUUGAAGAUUCACGAAAUGGAAAUGACCUCUUUAGGGAAAUUUCUUGUAGAGGAACGACAUGCCAAGGUUUGAACUUGAGGUCUUCACAUAUUAGGAAGCUUAACAUGGUAGGGGAGUUUACAAAGUUGCAUACACUCAAUCUCGACUCUAGCACUUUGCUUACCAGCUUCCAAGAGGGAUGUUUUACUCAGAUGCCAAACCUAACUUCCCUCUCCAUGUGUGAGACAAGAGUUUCAAAUCUCUGGACGACCGUGGCAGCACUUUCAAAGCUUAGUUCUCUGACAGAACUUCGUUUUCAGAAGUGGGUCUGCUGCAAUGAGACUGUAUGUCCUUCAGUGUCAUCUGAUGGUAGUUGGGAUGAUCAAUUUAGCAUAUCAAAUACUUUUGCAGACAGUGGAAGACAACUAAUUGAUUUUCGCGAAACUUCAAAUCUUGUCUCAAGCACAGAAGAUACACUUAGGAAUAUUCUUCCUUUUAGUAAUGUGGGUACAGUUCAAGACCUCCAAAGCAUGAUGGAGGAUAUGUCAGAUGGGAGUGAAGCUGACUUUUCAUUUCAGCAUCAGGAGGCUGAUUAUGCAGGAUUGUUUUUAAACAGUCUUCAUGGGCAGCACAGAGAAGCCAAUAUGCAAACUGUGGGGUCAACCGGUAUGUUGUGGAAUGAAAAUGAAGAGCCGUCUGCUAUCACAAGAUAUGAUGGAGACAUGGCCUUGACGUAUGUUUCUUGCUGUGCUUCACCAAUAUGCUAUGAGAAACAUUACCGAGACUACAUGAUAGCUUCACUGCCUAAUCUGAAAGUCUUAGAUGAUUUACCUGUCAGAAAGGCUGAUAGGGAAAGUGCUUCUAUCACAUUUUCAAAAUCCUUUGAGUACUUGCCAUAUAAGCGAAAGUAUAAGGAGAGCGUAGUUAGUCUUUUGCAUAAACGUGAGAUAAAAGGAAGUCGCUCUUGUCCACAGAUUAACCAUCAGAAGUCUUCUUCACCAUAUGGAAGUUCACAGUUCUUCUACACACGUUCUCUUUGUGCUGCCAAAGUGGGAUCUACUGCUCGGCCUUCCUUGCAUCCACUGUCUAUAUCAAGUUGUGAUUUGUCAAAUGGAGGCAGAAGCUUUCGUCCAAGGCAGUUUGAGUACCAUCCAACUAUCUCUAGCCUAAUGGUUUUUGGUACUUUAGAUGGUGAAGUGGUUGUAGUCAACCAUGAGACUGAGAAAAUUGUUGGUUGUGUUACUUACUUUGGAGCAAUGAAUAGCGUACUGGGCCUCUCGUGGCUCAAGAAGUAUCCCUCCAAGCUUAUAGCAGGGUCAGAUAAUGGCUCACUGAAGUUGUAUGACAUAGAACAUAUGCCCUCCAUAACAAAUGGCCUCCAUUCUAGUCCUCGUGCUGUCACUUUUGACGAUUUCGAACAAUUGACAUCUGUUCACGUCAACUCAACAGAUGAAUUGUUUCUUGCAAGUGGCUACUCAAAGAAUGUAGCUUUAUAUGAUAUCAAUUACGGGAAGCGCAUUCAGGUGUUUAAUGACAUGCACAGAGAGCAUAUAAAUGUCGUGAAGUUCUCGAACCAUAAUCCAUCCAUGUUUGCUACCUCAUCAUUCGAUCAAGAUGUGAAGCUGUGGGAUUUGAGACAAAAACCCAUUUGGCCUUGCUAUACAACUUCAAGCACCAAGGGAAAUGUGAUGGUUUGCUUUUCCCCAGACGAUCACUACCUUCUUGUGUCAGCUGUUGACAAUGAGGUUCGACAACUUUUGGCUGUUGAUGGAAGGCUUCACAUGAGUUUUGAAAUACCGCAUACUGGGAGUGCACAGAAUUACACUAGAUCCUACUACAUGAAUGGUAGGGAUUACAUUAUAAGUGGGAGUUGUGAUGAGCAAGUGGUCCGUGUUUGCUGUGCUCAAACUGGGAGGCGUCUUAGAGAUAUUUCCUUGGAGGGAAAAGGCCUAGGGUCUUCCAUGUAUGUGCAAUCCUUGAGGGGUGAUCCUUUCAGAGAUUUCAACAUGAGCAUCUUGGCUGCCUACAUGAGACCAAGCUCCAGGUCUGAGAUCGUCAAGGUGAAUUUAUUAGCAUCUCCACAGAAACCCGGUGAAGAGUGUUGCAGUCCUUAUUCGAGACCAUCGAACAGAAUGGGUGGUUGA